AUGCAGCCGUCUCACUUUCGUCCUGGGAAUCCCCCGAACAGCUCUGUCGAGCUUCCUUCCGUGCAUUCAGUGACGUCCGGCGCGUUCCCGCCCGCGCCUGGGGCUUUGCUUUCCGGCCCGCCGAGUAGACCGGACAGCGGAAUGCGCAUGUCCCAUCUGUUGCAGCCCAUGCCCCAAGGGCAUCAAAUACCACCGGUCGUCCCCUCGUCGUCACCGUAUGGGCGUUUCUAUGACUCGGCGUCAGGGUCACCCGCGGAGAAUGGCCUUCUUGAUGCUCCGAUGGGAUCAGUCCCGGGACCCCCGCUCUACCAGACCAGCCCAGUCGGGCACGGGCAGGGGCCGAGUUCUCUGCAGCAGCAAAAACGAGCCUAUCGUCAGCGAAGAAAAGACCCGAGUUGCGAUGCCUGUCGCGAGCGCAAAGUGAAAUGCGACGCUUCCGACGAGACUAGCUGCACAGAAUGCACCAACCGGAAGGUCCGGUGUCAAUUCACCAAGGAGACGAACCGGCGCAUGUCGUCCAUCAAACAAGUUCAAGAUCUGGAGAAGCAGCUCGCUCACGUCAAGUCGCAGCUACACCACGCGCGCUCCGGUAUGAUGCGCCCAGACCACAUUAUGGAUCUGGAUGAUACGGCCUCCCAGCCGGGCAUCAAGCUCCCAGAGAUCGACUACAAGCCUGCGCGACGACCCAAAGCACUUGUCUUCCAGGACUUAUCCGAAGUGCGGACGAAUCUCCGCCAACACGGCCGCGACAUAUUGAAAGUGCCCACGCCAUACCAACAACAUGGAUCUCGGUCAAUCGUCACCGGUGCUGCGCCGGCGUUGCCACCAAAGCAACUCGCCGAUCAUUUACUUCUCCAGUAUUAUAAUUGCAUUCACUCGGUACUGCCAGUUCUGCAUUGGCCUUCUUUCUCAGCAAAAUACGAGGAGAUCUACCAAAAAGGGUCGUUGUUGGGCGUCUCGACUGAAUGGGCUGCUGUGCUUUUUGGAGUUUUGGCAUGUGGUACCGCCCAUACCGCGGAGCCCGAUUGGGAAGAGAAAGGCAAGGAAUUCGUGCGUCUGUCUAGUGGGAUUAUAGACGUCUGGCAGGACAAUUUCAACCUGGAUCGAGCGCGGGCGGCGUUGCUAGUGAGCAUCUUCCUCUAUGAAAUCAAUUCGAAAUCGGCGAGUUGGGUCUGGAUUGGAUCGGCAGUGCGUGUGGCACAAGAGAUUGGACUGCACAUUGACCUUGGACCGUGGCCACCCGUUGAAGGGGAGAUGCGGAAGCGUUUGUGGUGGGGUCUAUACACUUGGGAUAGGCUACUCGCGUUGGAGAUGGGCAAGCCAGUUUUGAUUAAUGACCAAGAUUGCGACAUCGACCUUCCCUGCCCAGUGGAUGACCAAUACCUGACCGAAGAAGGGAAAUUCCCUGAAGGGCAAGACCAACAAAUCACACCGAUGCUCGCCACGAUCCACGUCGUCCGUUCAAUUGGCCAACUUACUCGAACCCUCCGAUCAUCAUCCAUCAGUCCAGCGACCCUCGAAACGUUUGAACGCCAUUUCAACACAUGCCUCGGCACCUUCCCCCUCGAUCUCCUCCCGAAAGCCGACCAAGACCUCGAUCCUCGAUCCCUGGCACCUAUCAUCUACCUCCAAAACGCGCGUCUUCUCCUACACCGUCACAACAUCUCCCCCUACUGCGCAGGCGCCGACCGAUCCUCAGCAAGGGAUCUCUGUGUUUUAACAGCAGUCGACACCGCAAACAUUCUCUCGCGCUGCAUGCGAGACCGUAACAGCGCAGGAGACUGGCGGCCUCUAUUCGCAUCCUGUGCAGGCACACUUCUCUGUACACACAUCUGGCGCUGCGCGUUAUUCCUCUUAUACCGACAAGAAUUUGAAGCUGCUUUGACCUGCGUCCAAGCAAGCGCAGCCGUGGGCAAUACUCGCUCUGUCAAUACAGCCUGCGGCCGGUACCUUGCGUUCUUCCUUCGAAACAUGAUAGACCAGGCACGUCACGGCGAUGCCAUGAACAUUGAAAACGACGAAGAGAUGAUCGCUUACGUCUCGGGCGAUAUGCAGGGUACCAGUGAUGGCAGCUGGGUCUGGCAGGGUAGCGAGACCGGCUCAGAUCUUGAAGCCAUGUCUUCCAUGAGGACGACUCCUGCUCCACAGGAAACGGAGGCGGAGUGGGAGGGCUGGGAGUGGAUUGAGAAGACAAUCCACUAUCUUCUUAGCGAGAAACAGCAAGGGAUGUGUGAGCGCCGGGACGUGCCUAUGGAACCGAGAAAGGGUUCUUCCUUGCUCAAUCCCGACGCUGGGUCAGAUUUGACAGACCGUCGGUCGAGCUCUGCGCAUUCUCGAAUGACUAUUGCCAGUAUUAUCUGA